AUGAAACCAACAGGUACAGACCCAAGGAUCUUAUCUCUAGCUGCCGAAGUUGCAAACAGUCCUGAGCAGAACGUCCCUAUUAUACUGUUGAAGUUAAAAGAAAUAAUAAACAACACACCUUUAGGAAGCUCAGAGUUGAAGAAAAUAAAACAAGAUAUAUAUUGUUAUGACCUCAUUCAGUAUUGCCUUUUGGUCCUCAGUCAAGAUUGUUCUCGAAUCCAGGGUGGUUGGACUACAAUUUCCCAGCUUACACAGAUAUUAAGUCAUUGCUGUGUGGGCUUGGAGCCAGGAGAAGAUGCAGAGGAAUUUUACAAUGAAUUGCUUCCAUCAGCUGCAGAAAAUUUUCUGGUUUUGGGGAGGCGAUUGCAAACAUGUUUCAUCAAUGCAGCUAAGGGUGAAGAAAAAGAUGAAUUACUACGCUUUUUCCAAAUUGUGACUGAUUCUCUCUUCUGGCUUUUGGGAGGCCAUGUUCAACUCAUCCAAAAUGUACUACAAAGUGAUCAUUUCUUACACUUACUGCAAACUGACAACCUUCAAAUAGGAUCUACAGUCAUGACUAUGCUACAGAACAUACUACAAAUCAACAGGGGUGAUUUACUCCGGAUAGAAGGAAAAACACUACAUUCAAUUUUAGAUGAAGUUGUUUUCAAGCUUUUAUCAACUUCUAGCUCUGUGAUAAGAAGUACUGCUGCAAAGCUUCUACUGCUGAUGACUGAAACCCAUCAGGAAAUUUUGAUUUUACUGAGACUAAGUGCCUGCUACAAAGGACUCAGAAGUCUACGAAAUAAGCAGGAGCCUGGGACAGAGUUUAGUCAAGAACUUGGACAGCUCAUUGCCCUUUUAACCCCAAAGGUCUAUCAGGAAGUAGAAGAACAGAAACUACAUCAAGCAGCUUGCUUGAUUCAAGCUUAUUGGAAGGGUUUCCAAACUAGAAAGAGGUUAAAGAAGCUUCCAUCUGCUGUGAUUACUUUGCAGAGGAGUUUCAGAUCUAAACGAAGCAAGAUCUUACUAAAGCUAAAAAGGCAGAAGGAAGAAGAGGAUCGCAGAUUACAGUUGCACAUUCAAAGACAGAGAGCCAUGAGACUGUCCCGAGAAUUACGGCUGAGUAUGCUUGAAAUAGUUCAUCCAGGUCAGGUGGAAAAACAUAAUCGGGAAAUAGAAGAGAAAUCAGCAUUGAUUAUCCAGAAACACUGGAGAGGGUACAGGGAAAGGAAAAUUUUUCGCCAACAGAGGCCAUCUCUCACGGAGUAUAAAGCAGCUGUCACACUUCAGAGAGCAACUCUUAAAUUCCUAGCAAAGUGUCAUAAGAAAAAGAAACUGUUUGCUCCUUGGCAAGGACUUCAAGACCUCACUGAUGCACGCAGAGUUAAACUGAAGCAACAAGUGGAUGACUAUCUCCAAAGACAUCCGAGCUCUCAGAUGUCAGAUGUGACUAGCAGAGAGCUCCAUUCCCAAGCUCAAGAACAACUGCAACACUACCUUAUGGGCAGGGUCCUAGAAGAGAGAGCCCAGCAGCACAGGGAGGCUCUGAUGGCUCAGAUCAACACCAACAUUGAACAAUUAAUGAAGGCACCAAGUCUGAAGGAAGCAGAAGGGAAGGAACCUGAGCUCUUCCUAAGUAGAUCCAGGCCUGUGGCAGCCAAGGCCAAGCAGGCCCAUCUUACCGCUCUGAAGCAUUUACAGGCACCCUGGUGGAAGAAUCUUGGGGAAGAAGAAGGAGAUGAGAUUGAUGUCCCAAAGGAUGAGCUCAGUGUAGAAUUAGGAACUUUAUUCAUUGGUGGAACCAAACCCCCUUAG